CAGUGUGGCACAUUCUGCUGAGCGCUCCCCUGGAAGGAGCAGUUUUUUAAAAAAUCUGUUCAGAGGAGAGAGGAGUGAUGGGCAUGUUAGGAUACAAUGAUCAGAGCCCGGCGCGCCUGCAAGCUGCCGUUGGGACGGGCUGGUGACUGCCGCUCCUAUUAGCUGAUCUGAGACACUGGAAUGCAGCGAGAUAAUGCUCAUAUCUGCUAUCAGACGGCAGAAAAGGGUUUUGUCUCGGAAAGGCAAGCCUGCCCUGCAAUCGUAUCUCAGCAGCUCUCUAGCUGCUCAGCCUGAAAACUACUGACCCUGAAGGGAGGGCGUUACCGCCUGCGAGCAGGGUCCUGUGCGGCUGGGCCGUGAGCCGCGGGUCUGCAGAGCAGGUGUGUGCUCGAUGGGCACUGGACUGGAACCCAGGCGGCCGCUCUCAGGUUCACCUGCUUCCUGUUAACAGAUUGUUGGCUCCGAGAGCAGCUGCCUGGCCGCUGAGGUCGCGGCUGAGCAGGCGGUCCCCGCGUGUCCACUGGACUGACAGAGACACUUGGAUUGGGACUUAAUCUGAAAUCUCUGGAGUUCAAGACCUUCUGAAAAGGGCUAAAUAAACAAUCUCUACAUGUAAAGGCCACUGACUCCUACUUCCUCUGCGCAGAGCGACCGGGAGCCCGGCUGCCCGAGGAAAACUGAAGACUUUAAUAACAAACCCUCCAAGGUCACAAUGAAUACAGAUAGCGGUGGGUGUGCUCGCAAACGUGCCGCCAUGUCUGUUACAUUAACAUCUGUGAAGAGAGUUCAAAGUUCUCCAAACCUAUUGGCUGCAGGGCGUGAUUCUCAGUCACCAGACUCAGCUUGGAGAUCUUACAAUGACCAAAGUCAAGACACACUGAACGGAGAUGCUACAUAUUCCUCUCUUGCAGCAAAAGGCUUUAGAAGCGUUCGACCAAACCUGCAAGAAAAAAGGUCGCCCACUCAGGCACCCCUUCCACCACUCAGAACAGAAAGCUUUUGUAGCCCCUUGACAACCAGUCACACAAAGGGUGACAUUUUAGACCAACUAGUAACUAACACACACGUUCCUUCCAGUCCAGAGUACUUGACUAAUAAAAAAUUUCUUCAGGGAGCUAUGCAUUCUGAUGAAGGCGACCCCAGCCAGACCAUUGUAUAUUCCGAAGAAUCUAACACCACUGUGUCGUACACACAGAAAAUCACUAACCUGCUACCAGCAGCUUCUAGCACAGGUUCCCCACCCAGUGCUGACACGAGUAGCACCCCAUUUCUACAAGAGGACUACAUGCAAGAUUCUCAAACACGGAAAAUCUCUACACGGAAACUAAUCCAUAACCAAGAUCUAGGAAGUAGCAUCCCCUUUAAUACCCCACCGUUUUCCAAAUCUGUCGACCUACCAUCAUUCCUCAAAAGGCCCUGCUCACCGCCCCCUAACCCAGUGCCUGAGAAACACACAGCAUCUCUCUCCAUUCAGAUAGCUCCCCUGUCAGGACAGGAUCCCGAAAGCCACAAACAGCUACCUGAGCUUUCUCCAGAGACUACAAAGAUACCUCUUCAGCAAGAGAGACAAAAACCUGCAGUGGCUGCGACCGCUCAGUCCUCAGACUGCCGGAGCCAGGUAACAGUGAAUGGAAACUCGGGAGGUGCUGUGAGUCCGAUGAGCUACUACCAGCGGCCCUUCUCCCCUUCAGCCUACUCCCUGCCAGGCUCCCUCAAUUCCAGCAUCAUCAUGCCUCAUGGCCGGUCACUCGAUUCCACGGAGGCGUAUGCCCAGCACGCGCAGUCUCUGGACGGCCCGGUGGGCAGCUCCAUCCCGCUGUACAGGUCCUCGGAGGAAGAGAAGAGGGUGACCGUCAUCAAAGCCCCCCACUACCCCGGGAUCGGGCCGGUGGACGAGUCUGGCAUCCCCACAGCCAUCAGAACGACAGUUGACAGACCGAAGGACUGGUACAAGACGAUGUUCAAGCAAAUUCACAUGGUGCACAAGCCAGAUGAUGACACAGACAUGUACAAUACUCCUUAUACAUAUAAUGCAGGCCUGUACAACUCGCCCUACAGUGCUCAGUCCCAUCCUGCUGCGAAGACCCAGACCUACAGACCCCUCUCCAAAAGCCACUCUGACAACGGCACGGACACUUUUAAGGAUGCCACUCCCCCAGCCCCUCCCCCCCAUGUUCCUCCUCCAGUCCCACCACUUCGACCCAGAGAUCGGUCUUCAACAGAGAAGCAUGACUGGGACCCUCCAGACAGAAAGGUGGACACGAGAAGGUUUCGUUCUGAGCCCAGGAGCAUUUUCGAAUAUGAACCGGGGAAGUCGUCGAUCCUGCAGCAUGAACGACCACCCCCUCUCCCAACAACUCCGACACCUGUUCCCCGGGAACCCAGCCGGAAGCCCAUUCCUAUGUCACCAUAUGGAGAAGUCACUGGUAGCCCCUCCCCUCCGCCCAGGAGUGGGCUCCCCACACCAAGCCCGAGCACCCCGGCUCUCUCUCCCAUCUGGACUGACCGCAUACAUCCCGAUGACGUAGAGUUAGAGAAUGAGCCCUGGUAUAAGUUCUUUUCAGAGCUGGAGUUUGGACGGCCGCCUCCUAAAAAGGCUCUGGACUAUGUUCAAGAUCAUUCUCCUGGUGUUUCCAAUGAGGCCUCCUUGUAUCAAUCCUCUAUAGACAGAAGCCUGGAAAGACCCAGUAGCUCUGCAGGCCUGGCCAGUGACUUCAGGAAAAGGAGGAAGAGCGAGCCAGCCGUGGGGCAGCCAAGGGGUCUGGGGGACCCAAGGGCGAGCAGGACCAGCCCCGGCCGGGCGGACCUCCCGGGAUCGAGCGCCACCCUGACCCAGUCUUUCAUUAGUUCUUCCCCUUCCUCCCCAUCCAGAGCAAAAGGUGGGGAUGAUAGCAAAAUGUGUGCACCCCUUUGCAGUUGCUCAGGGCCCCGCGGCCGCCCCUGCCAGGAGGUCGAUGACUGUCCCCCUUACAGACAGCACCUGGACGUCCCGCGCGACUCGCAGCGGGCCCUCGCCUUCAAAAACGGCUGGCAGAUGGCCCGGCAGAACGCCGAGGUCUGGAGCAGCACCGAGGAGGCCGUGUCCCCCAAAAUCAAGUCCCGCAGCUGCGAUGACCUCCUGAACGACGACUGCGGCGGCUUCCCCGACCCCAAAGCCAAGUCGGAGAGCAUGGGCUCUCUGCUCUGCGAAGAGGACGCCCAGGAGGGCUGCCCGGUGCCGUGGGCAUCCUCCUUCCUCCAGGAGACCAGGGCCACCGGCAGGUCCCGGCUGCGCCACGGCUCAGCCCACAACGCCCCGGGCUUCCUGAAAAUGUACAAGAAAAUGCACCGCAUCAACCGCAAGGACCUGCUGAACUCCGAGGUGAUGUGCUCCGUGAGGUCGAGGGUCCUGCAGUACGAACAGGAGCCGCACGCCCCGGGCCUGCUCCACGGAUGGAGCCAGUCCUCCGCCGACGAGGUGCCCAGGGACAUGGUCCCCACCCGCAUCUCGGAGUUCGAAAAGUUGAUUCAGAAGUCAAAAUCCAUGCCCAACCUGGGGGAGGAGAUGCUGUCCCCGGCGGUCCUCGAGCCCCAGCACCACGGGCUGGGCCCCACCAGGCGCUUCUCCAUCGAGUCCUUGCUGGAGGAAGACAACCCGGGCAGGCACCCUUGUCCGGGACCACGGAGCUGCACGUCCAAAACCCUGGUGCCCAUCCACAUUGAGGUCACCAGCGAGGAGCCGCCGAGAACCCAUCUGGAGCUUUCGGACAGCGACCAAGACGGGGUGGUGUCCGAACACAGCGACUGCAUGCACGUCGAGGGCUCGUCCUUCUGCAGCGAGAGCGACUUCGACCACUUUUCGUUCACCUCCUCGGAAAGUUUCUAUGGGUCCAGCCACCACCACCACCACCACCACCACCACCACCACCGGCACCUCGUCAGCUCCUGCAAAGGCCGGUGCCCGGCCUCUUACACUCGGUUCACCACGAUGCGAAAACACGAAAGAGCGAAACAUGAGCCUCCCGAAGAGCCCAGAAGACAUGACCCGGACGCCGGCCUCUCGAAACUUGCCUUUCUAGUCAGCCCCGUGCCUUUCCGGAGGAAAAAGCAUUCGCCGCCCCAAAAACAGACGGAAAAGGCAACAUGCAACACCGCCGUAUUCGAGGCUCUGGACUCCGCCCUUAAAGACAUUUGUGACCAAAUUAAGGCUGAAAAGAGAAGGGGGAGUUUGCCCGACAACAGUAUUUUGCACCGUCUGAUCAGUGAACUGCUGCCGGACGUCCCCGAGAGGAACUCCUCGCUGAGAGCUCUAAGAAGGAGCCCCAUGCCCCAGCCUUGCCACCCGCUGCCCCAAGACGGUGCUACCCACUGCCCGUGGUACCAGAACGGCUGUGGGAGGAUGCCCCACAGUGCCUCUCUCCAAGACAUGGACACCAAUAGCAACUACCACCCAGACCACGACAGUGCCCUGGGUCUGCCAGACCGCGAGUCCCCUAGAAGCUACGCGUCCACUGUGGCUGACUUGGGGAGGAAUGCACCAAGGGACAGAAGAGGAACUCCAGAAAAAGAGAAAUUGCCUGCAAAAGCUGUUUAUGAUUUUAAGGCUCAGACAUCUAAGGAGCUGUCGUUUAAGAAAGGAGACACUGUCUACAUCCUCAGGAAAAUCGACCAGAACUGGUACGAGGGAGAGCACCACGGGCGAGUGGGCAUCUUCCCCAUCUCCUACGUGGAGAAACUCUCACCUCCUGAGAAAGCACAGCCCGCAAGGCCGCCGCCCCCAGCCCAGCCUGGAGAAAUCGGAGAAGCUAUCGCCAAAUACAAUUUCAACGCGGACACCAACGUGGAGCUGUCGCUGAGAAAGGGAGACAGAGUUAUUCUUCUCAAAAGAGUUGAUCAGAACUGGUAUGAAGGUAAAAUCCCAGGAACCAACAGACAAGGCAUCUUCCCUGUUUCCUAUGUAGAAGUCGUGAAGAGGAACACAGCCAAAGGCGCCGAGGACUACCCCGACCCUCCAAUACCCCACAGCUACUCGAGUGAUAGAAUCCACAGCUUAAGUUCCAACAAGUUGGCUCCCAGGGAACCAGCCCCUCCUCUCAUGCACAGAACUUCUCCUGGCCCAGAUAACGGAGCUCAGCAGGGGCCUAGCCAGGGGUGGCCUUCCCUGACAGCUCAGUGUCCUCUGGCAAACCCUCUGAUUCCUUUCCUGGACAACUUCUUGGAUGAAUUAGAGAAGCUUAGUGCUUUCACCUUACCAGCUGACCAAGCCGAGCCAAAUAUCCCAGAGGAGAUCACCCUUGAAAUUAAAGAGGAACCCUCAGUUCCCCUCCCAUGGCCUCUAGCAGCUGUACCGGCCAAAUCACCUUCCCCUCGGCCACCCUUACGUGGCACAGGUACGACCUCAACUCCAGUCCAGCCCUAUGAGACAACGCCAGUCCAGGACCCCAGAAAGACAACUCAGAACAAGUGUGCAGAUUUGACAAUGAGAAAAGGCUUUGCGAGCCCUGAAAAGGUGUCUGAAGUCCUAGGGGAUAAGUUUGUGGCCUCUGCACACACUAAUGUGGGUCCCUUGCCCCAAACCCUCCCUGUCAUUGGAGAGGAAGAAGAGGAACUCUGUGAGGGGCUGAUGUCAGGCAUCCGAGGAGGGCUUGAAUAUCAAGACCCAGAUGCCUCGUGGUGGGGCCAUGAUGGCCCCGAGGUGAAACCAAGUCUGUACAUCGAAGAGGAGGAAGAGAAGAGGAAACCCGGCUGCUCACAAGGUGCAGUAGCCACCGUCCCAGGUCCUAGAGCCCCCAAGGAACACAGCCGUGCAGCUCACACCAAUAAGGAGAGAGAUGGACCAUCUACACCUAUCCCCAGCUGUCUGCUUCCCUCCCCUCCCUCUCCUCCUCCCUCGGCCUCGGCCUCACAGCUGGUCUCUACGCUUUCUCAGCCUGCCCAGUCCUUCUCACCACCUCUCCUCCCUAAACACUCUUACCAACAGGAAAUAAGUUCACCAAAAUUAAAGGCUGAUGUAAAAGGCGAGACGUUUGUCUUGGGUAAGCCUCCGCGUAGCCCAGUGAUGACUAGGAGGUCCUGCAGCUCGCCUGUCAGAGGGCUCAGCAGUUCCCACAGGCCACAGCGUCCUGUGUUUACUCAUGAAAACAUUCAAGGUGGGGGGGAACCGUUUCAGGCUCUGUAUAACUAUACUCCUAGGAAUGAAGACGAGCUGGAGCUCAGAGAAAGUGACGUCAUCGACGUGAUGGAGAAAUGUGAUGAUGGAUGGUUUGUGGGAACCUCAAGAAGAACCAAAUUCUUUGGUACUUUCCCCGGAAACUAUGUCAAGAGGCUGUGAAGCACCCUCCCUCCUGCGUAUGCUGCGUCUCAGAACCUUGCCCGAAAGACCCCGCAGGCCUCCCGCUCUCAUGCCUUAUGUUUCCCAUAGAAGUCACCACCAUCCCCACCUCCACCUGCCACCCAACCACCAGCAGAGUAACCGCCGCAGCCUUGGGGGGUUGGCAGGCCUGUUCCGUGUGAAAGCGCAUACCCCUGCUUUCUGCUCUAACCUGGAAGUCUGUACGUUAGGAUCAGAAAGAAAGUCACCAUACUUACAAAGGGGUAAAUAUUGGAGGCAAAAAAAAAUUGAAAAGUGUCUCGAGGAGGCUCCCUGGUCCACUUUGAGGAUGCCCCCCGCCCCUCCCCAGGCGACCAGAAGAUGGUUUAUCACUAAAUACGUGGUGUGUGUGUCCAUGCUCUUAGCUUGGCAGUCUGUGGUCCUUUCACGAGUUUGCCUAGAGCCCUCGUUUACACAACAUGACAACCGUACUUCAGCUAUUACUCGCCUGCACUUAUAUGUUGUAAUAUGCACAGUGAUGAUUACACAAGCUAAAGCAAGCGUAGGAGCGUUCAUUCGGAUGAGUGUGAAUUUUGUGGAUUGAAUGUGGGUUUUCAAAUAGCAGUCUUGCCCUGCGAUUCCUUUGUACUUUUUAGAAGUGCAAACAGUAAGUGAAUAAGAGCUUUGGGUAGUAAUCAUGAGAAUAUAAGAGAUUUAGCUAGACUACAAAAAAAAAUAUUGUGUUGUAAAGUUGCGUUGCUAUUUUAUAUUAAAAUGUCAUAAUCAGCAUCAUAAAUAAUGAGCCCUUAGUGUUUAUUUAUCUGACAAAAUUUAAAUGAAAGCAGUGUUAGUGAGAGGUGCAAAGAGUUAUUCUAACAUAGACACUUGAAAGUAUCCGUAAGCAAUAUUCCUAGGUAGGAUCUCACUGGGUGUGCACAUAGCCAUUUGCGAUUGUAUGAGAACAGGCAAUCCACAUGAUAUGUCAUACAUUUUAUGGAAAUGUAAAAGAACCCCACGCAUUAUUUUAUAGAAAUAGAAACCUUUAGAAGCAUCACAGGUAUUAAGGCUGGUUUUAGCAAGGAUUAUGAUCAAUACAAUUAUUUUUACUAUAAUAAUUAUUUUUUUCCUAUGGAACUCAGAAUCCUGGCUUCAUUUGAGGACAGGAAUAUGUUGAGCCUGUUUUUCUGGUGUGUAUAAAAUACUUCCUCAAAAUCCAUUAGGCACAUUUUAGAGGCAAUGUUAACUCAUCCAGGUUCUGUUUUCUGCCCUGAGGUAGAAAUUUACAAAACAAUAUUGGGACCUGGAAGGUUUAAUGUGGCGAACAGUGCCUGAAUUACACACCUCCUGAGAACUAGCUUUGUAUUUCUUAUGACUUUGCAUAAGAACUAUUCAUAUUUGGAUCUUGAGCACCUUAUAGAGAAAACUUUUUAUGGCAUUUCUUCUGUGGACAGUGACUGAUCUUUUCACAAUGUAAGUAGACUCUAGAAUUUUGUACAUAUGGUUGCUCCUUUUUUUUUUUGUACAGACUAUUUAGUUGUUGCGAAAACAAGGGAAUUUCCUAACUUGGUCUUUAUCCUUCACUUAAACUAAGCUAAGGUUGAUUCUUUGUGUAGCCCACAGAUCAUAAGCACGCCUCGAUAGUGUGAUUCUAUAAGAUAGCAUUUAUGCAAAAGUUUAUGAGCUUAAAAGAUCUUAGCAGCCAAACUGAAAUGUAUAUAAGUAUCCAGUACAGAGGGGUUUCAAUAGGAAGAAGGUAAAGAAACACCUUUGAGUAGUCGACCGUGAUUACUGUCAAGUUCACAACCAGCUUUAUAUUUUAAAGGCCUUGGGUUUGAAAUUAGGUCAACUGCAUGCAGCUUUGCUGAUCAAUGAAUAAUUAUCUUCCAUGCCAUUUAUGAGAAAAGACUUCAAUAUCUGUUGCCUGUCAUAUUUAAGAAAAAUUACUGUUUCUACUCUCUGUACCUGAUUUUGAAAGGAAAAAAAAAUUCCUACUUGGCUUUCAGGUCAUUGACUUUGAAUUCUUACAAGCAAAGGUCAUUGUGCUUUUCUUGAAUAGACAUCUAAUAAAUUUUGCUUGGAAGUAUA